AUGUCUUCAUGAAACUCAUCCAAAUAUUCUCCAUGAAUCUUUAAAAAACCACAAAUCCUUCAUUCAGAUUCAUACUUUAAAACCCCACAACUUUUCCUCUUACAACAUCACCAAAACAAAUUUGUAUUUGUCGCGUUCUUCAAAUCCAUCAAAAUGAAUUCCAUGAGGCCUAAACCCCAAAUUUCACUGAAUUUGAAGAUCCUCCUUUGUGGGUUUUUUCUUGCAAUACUUCUCUUUAUCUUAAGAUCAAAUAUGCAACCAUCAAAGAAAACCUCAUUCCUCAGGAACAAUAUCCAUUCAGAUGAGGAGAACUCCACACCUGCAACUUGCACCAAACUUCCAUCUUCACUGUCACAAGCACUCAUUCACUACUCAACAUCAAAGAUCACCCCACAACAAACAUUCAGCGAAAUAUCAGUUUCUGCAAAAGUUUUACUGCAAAAAUCUCCAUGCAACUUCUUAGUGUUUGGUCUUGGUUAUGACAGUCUUAUGUGGGCUUCAUUAAACCAUGGUGGAAGAACAGUUUUUCUUGAAGAAGAUAAAUCAUGGAUAGAGCAAAUCCAGAAGAAAUUUCCUUCGUUAGAAUCAUAUCAUGUAAAAUACGACUCGAAAAUAACUGAAGCUGAGAAUCUCAUGAAGAUUGGAAAUGAAGAGAAAUGUAAAGUUGUUAGUGAUCCAAGAUAUACAAAAUGUGAUCUUGCAUUAAAAGGCUUGCCCGUGGAUAUAUAUGAAACUGAGUGGGAUUUGAUUAUGGUGGAUGCGCCAACGGGGUACCAUAAAGAGGCACCAGGGAGAAUGAAAGCCAUUUAUACUGCCGGACUAUUUGCAAGGAAUAGAGAAGAGGGAGAAACUAACGUUUUUGUUCAUGACAUAAACAGAUCAGUUGAAGACAAAUUUUCUAUGGCGUUCUUAUGUGAUGGGUAUAUGAUAGAAGAAGAAGGCAGAAUUAGGCAUUUCACAAUUCCAAGCCACAGGACUUCUUUGAAUGAUAAGCCAUUUUGCCCUCCGUCUAAAUAAGGCUGGGAAGGCUUCACAUGUCUUAUUAGUCCGCGUACUUUUGAAUCGAUCACAUCCUUUUUGGAAGAGUUUACUCCGUACAUCUCUUUUAAGGAGCUAUCUGCUAAAGAUUUCAAGUUAAUUUUGGUUUUCGUAUAUUUUAUGGUUUUCAGCAAUUUGAUGAUGAGGUUGUUUGACAGGAGUUUUGAUGUUCACUCUCCCACAACUCAAAAAUUUGUCAUUGCGAAUUUUCUACUUCGGAAUUUAUAAAAUGCAUCUGAUGUGCCAUUUUCUUUCUCUCUGUUUUUAUAGAUCAUUGACCUCGCACAAUGAAUUCAAUGCCUCAUGUAACAAGUUACAACUAUGCGUAUAAUUUUGUUGUAAUUCAAAGAAACAGCACAAAUUUGGUUGAGCAAAAAAUUUUCUUCUUUA